AGGGAGAUAAAAUUGAAGAUUGGAAAUUGGCGGGGAGACUUGAGGAAGUUAUCGAACGAAGCAGCGGCAGGUAAAUAACCUGACGGCGAACCGCGUACGGCGGACGGCGGACGGCGGACGGCGGAAUCGUCCUCUGAUAGCUUUUGUCUUCCUACUUCCAGGCUUAGCGGCGUACUUCAAUCGUAUCGGCUACUCUUUCUUCGUCUUCGCACGGCCAGGUUACAGUGCAUAAACCGUUUCCGUAACUUUUUGUGCGCUCUCUCUGCUGUUGCAGUCAUUUGGUAUCAAUUGUGAAGGAAUAACAAGAAAAUGAAGCUUCGUCUUCAUUUUUAAGAAAAUCAAAUCGUUAUCCUGUGGAAUUUUCUUCAUCUAGCUGUUCUUCUUUCAAGUCCGAGGUUACGGCAGCGUACUUCAACCAUUUCUGACAAUGUUCACUAAGUUCGGAUUCUUAUCAGAUGAAGGCGCUACAAACUAUCGAGUUUGCUGAUUUGACUUAGUAGGUUUCUCUGCUCACUCACUUCAUCUUUCCGAAUCCUGCUCAAUUGGACCUCUUCGAGUUUGCGAGCAACGUUCUGCUGCUGGUGUGGGAGAAAGAUAUCAUGAGUAUGUUUUUUUGUAACGAGAAACUCUAUCUUUCUGAAUUCUCUCUGUUCCGACUCUAUCGAAUAUGCUGAUUGGUAUGAGUAUGUUUCUUUCUCAAACACUCGUCUUAAUCUUUCUGAAUUAUUUUCUUGAUGAACAGAAACGUUAUAUUUCUUCAUUCUUCUGAUAUUAUCGAGUCUGCUCAAUCGAAUAAGUAUAUUUCUCUGCUCAAUGACCUAAUCUUUCCGAAUAAUUUUUUUUUACAAGUAACUAUAUCUUUCUAUAUCUUUUCUCCGUAACUCUUUUGUAAGAAACUUUGCCUUUUACAAUUCUAAAUAGAAUUAGUUCAAACAGAUUUUCUGUUUAGUUUCUAAAUUAUUUGAUUCACGAAUCAUCAUGUGCGACUUGCUCAUGGUGCUUGGAGGAGACCGAGAUCAAAUUAGCAUUACUCCGAAAUUGUAUGGCUAAUGAGCUAAGAGAGGGAUGUUAUUCUGACAGACGGCUUUAUUUCUGGAUUUUUUCAGACAAAUCUUGCUCAAUCUAUGCACAUUUUUCAUGCAGUCUCUUUUGUUAUUAUUAUUAUUUUGUUUGAAUUCUAUGCUUUUUAAGAAAUAAAUUACAGCGUACUUUGUUUUCCUCAGUCAUCCAGUCAAUACUUUCAGAAAUUCAUUUUCAGAUGUAAACUGACUGCUAUUCAUCUUUAUAUAUGACAGUUGAAGCGGCUCUUAUAGAUCAGUUAUCUGACACUUAUCAUUAGACUGAUUGACGGAAGAAUUGGUAUUUAAUUUGCUUAGCUGCCGUACUUUUGUUGCGGGACUGAGAUGUAUGUGUUACAGUGAUUUAGAUAUUUGUUACAAUAUUUCUAGAAGUACAAGAAGCUAUUAGUCGCUUUAAUCAGCUUCAAUAUGUCUAUGCAUAUGUCAAUGCAAUAUACAUCAUAUUAAUGAGUGCUAUAAAACUAAAAUUGUAGUGCUUGAUGUUCCAUUUGGAUUGUAACUUCUGGCCAUGUUCUGUCAUUUACAUCUUCAUCUUUUUUGUUUGCAGCAUAAAUAUGCAAUCUAUUUUCUUGCCAAAAACAUUCAUCGUAUACUCAUUUGGUGGAGUAUAUUCUGGCACUUUGUUGCAUCGAAGUUCUAGUAAAUGUGAUGGAAGGUAUAUGUUUGGCGAUGCCAUAUUAAAGUUGUUUAGGAAGAAUGGCCUAAAAAAGGUCAGUAAAGCAGCAUUAUAUGAUAAUUAUACUAUUAGCGCUAGGUGGCAUGGAUGUAAAGAUCAAGAGGAACUAUCUGGUGAUUUGUGCAACUGUUUGAUUCGUGACUAUUGUAAGGUAGGGAAUGUUGAUGCUGCCAUGUCUCUUCUUUCUCAUAUGGAGGCUGUAGGUCUCCAUGCCUCUGUAGCAUCUUACACAUAUUUGAUUGAAGCUCAUGGAAACGUAGGCAGGACUUUGGAAGCUGAUAUCUUAUUUCAAGAAAUGAUUAGUUUUGGUCGUAAGCCAAGAACAACUGUCUGCAAUGCACUACUAAGAGGAUUCUUGAGAAAAGGCCUUUUAGAUCUUGCAUCUGAUGUUCUUGUGUUAAUGAGUGAUUUAGAUAUUCAAAAAAAUCAAGAAACGUAUGAAAUUCUCUUGGAUUAUCAUGCCAAUGCUGGACGGCUGGAAGAUACUUGGGGUAUCAUUAAUGAGAUGAAACGAAAAGGUUUUGAGCUGAACUCAUUUGUGUAUAGUAAGGUUAUUGUAAUAUAUCAGAACAAUGGCAUGUGGAAGAAAGCAGUGGGGAUCGUUGAUGAGAUAAGAAAAUCAGGGAUUUCUGUGGACAAACACAUUUACAACAGUAUCAUAGAUACAUUUGGGAAAUAUGGUCAAUUACCCGAGGCCUUAGAAGUGUUCAAAAAAAUGCAGCAGGAUGGUGUAAUGCCUGAUAUAACGACCUGGAAUUCGCUGAUACAAUGGAACUGUAAAUCUGGGAACCUUGCUACUGCCCUGGAGUUAUUCACUGACAUGCAAGAACAGGGGAUGCAUCCAGAUCCUAAGAUUUUCAUUACUCUAAUUAGCUCGUUGGGUGAGCAGGGGAAGUGGGAUGUUAUAAAGAAGAAUCUUGAUAGUAUGAAGCUCAGAGGGCAUAAGAAUAGUGGCCUAGUUUAUGAAAUUUUAGUUGAUAUUUAUGGGCAGUAUGGUCAAUUUCAGGAUGCUGAGAAAUGUAUAUCUGCUCUCAAGUCUGCAGGUCUUCUACCAUCCGCUAGCAAUUUUUGCAUUAUAGCAAAUGCUUUUGCUCGACAGGGUUUGUGUGAAGAGACAGUAAAAGUGCUAGAGCUAAUGGAAGCAGAAGGAAUCGAACCAAAUCUUGUAAUGCUGAAUGUACUGAUCAAUGCGUUUGCUGUUGCUGGCAGGCAUUUGGAGGCGUUGGCCAUUUAUCAUCAUAUAGUUGAAGUUGGUAUCAGUCCUGAUGUUAUAACCUACACCACCCUUAUGAAGGCGUAUAUUCGUGCAAAGAAGUUUCAUAAGGUCCCUGAAAUAUACAAAGAAAUGGAAAGUGCUGGUUGCACGCCAGAUAGGAAGGCCAGAGAGAUGUUGAAGUCCGUAACAGUGGUUCUUGAACAGAGGCAUUCCAUCUAAAAUCUUGAUCGAGGAAUUGAUCUACACCAAGAAAGUAGAUCAUAAUGCCAGGCCAACCUUCAAAUGGACCCUGGGGAACUAGGGGCAGAAACAGUUUCUGGCAAUAACCUUGGAGAUGCAACGACGUCUAUCUUGUAAGUUGUAACCAUUAUGAUAAUCAUAGCACAAAUUCUUUUAUUAUUCUAUAUGUUAUUUGGGGAUGAGAAUCUUAUCCUUAAAACCGGGGCGAAAAUUGGAUGCUGCUGAUAACAAUUGAGUAGUAGUUUGUUUAUUCCUUAGUUUUUUGUAUGAAGUGAAAAUUAUAAUA